AUGAGCUUUUGUGACAACAUUGGAAGCACCGAGCAGGGAGUCAUGCAUUUCCUAGGACGCGUUCUGGCUCCUACGAUGUUCCCCCAUCGACGCGGUCCUCGUGUUAAUUUCACUGUCUGCAAGCCCAAGGCAUCUGGCUAUAAUGAUGAUAGCCAACAGAUUUCACGCAGAGACCCUGUCUUUCAGAAUGGCGCUCUGAUUAAGAAGGACGCAACGAGUCGGGAUGUUCCGGAGAUGGUCACACUACUCGAGGGAUGUGCAGCGGCCCAACGACCGCACGAGCCGCAAGCAGAUUUAGUGCCGGCGCCACGAACACCUCGGCGUAACUUUAAAUUCCGUGCGCACUGCUCGGUCCUGUGUGAGACGUGCCUCGGCGAUGAGAUCCUCACGAUUAGCCAUGGGUAG